AUGGCCUCCUGGCGCUCUUCCCGACAGGCUGCACCAUCUGCCGCUGGAUCGAGUUCAACAUUUCCGAGCAGCCCCUCUCCGGUACCAAAUACUGAGCUGGAAGGCGAUCUCUUCGGACGCAUGGAUACAUUCCUUGCAAGCCUUCAAACACCGCCCUCAUCUCCACAGUCCAGUAUCGACGGGUUUGGCGAACCGAUGGACGUCGAGGCUCCUCUUCCAGACAUUCCCAUGCCGCAAUACGUCGGUUUCGACGAACGGGAGCGUGUGGCGGGUGCUGCAGAUCACCUGCGCCACUUUCUACACCAUGGUGGGCAACUUGACAUGCGCCAUAUAGAUGGUGGUGAGUAUAUUGGGGUCGGACAAGCACCGGAGGAGUAUCAAGAGACAGGGGCCCCUCGUGUGCGUCAGACCAAGAAGACGCCGACAGACCCAUUGUUCAGACCAUAUGCGGAUCGAGUAGCAUGCAUCCUCGAUGUCCUGCGUCACCUACCUCGGUCAAUAUUCUCUGACGCGCAGAUGGAAACCAUCACCUGGGCUCAAGCUGCACUGCACGUCGAUAAUGUGCCAUCCGUUUCCUGGCUCAAAAAUAUGAGUGACGAUCUGCAGGACAAGAUAGGCAUCCGCACAUUGCGAUUCCAGGGCGCACUGGGCCACGUCUACUACUCGAACAGCUUGCAAGACCAAAUUGCGCAGGAGUUUGGCAACCCGUUGAUCUCGAAGCAUAUUGGCGUAUAUCCUGCCGAUGUUGAGCCUGGCAUCUCCUUGACAGACCCGCAUCAGUUCCGGCGGUGGCGCCACGACGCGGACCCUGAUAUCCUGACACCAAUGCUUCGAAUGAAGAAUCCGAUUUCGGGCGCUUUCGAAGACUUCUAUGUCUUCGAACCCGCUCAGUUGAACGCCGAGGGCAAGAACGAGAUCUGUAUGCCUGUUCGAUUCUUCACACGAGAGGUCUCUGCUGGUCAGACAUCUACCAAGGAGUUCUUCGUAGAGGCAUGGCGCCUUCAACCCGUUGUGAGCGAUCGGCCUGAAGGCUCGGGAUACGUAGUCCUCGAACACUCUUCAUUCGAGUUCCCUGCCAGUUGGUUACUACUGUCGUUCAUACAACUCCGUUCAACAUACGAGACUUUGGGUGUUCCGAACCCGGGAAGAAUACUGGGGCGUCGUAUCGAGCUUGGCGGCGAGCUGCUUGGUUGGUCGCGUACAUCCGAUGCACAGGCGGGCAAUAACUGGCGAGUGAAGGCGCGCGGGCACCGUGUUGCGACGUUCAUGAUGUGGCUGUACUGCGAUGACACGUCCGGCAACAGCUCUAAGAAAUGGAAUAAACACAAUUCCUUCUUAUGGACGGCCGCCGGUCUCCCUCGAGCGAUGGCGCAACAGCAACAGAAUGUUCACUUCCUAUGUACAUCUAAUCUUGCGCCGCCUCUCGAGAUGCUGGAUGGCAUUGCCACACAACUCGAGGAGGGUCAGCGCGAUGGAUGGUGGGUGUGGGAUUACGCAAACAGCGAGCCCGUACUCGUCAUACCUGAAGUACUCGCGCUGUUGGGUGAUAACCCGAUGCAGAGCGAGCUCUCUUGCCACAUAGGGCUAAUGGGCAAGUACUUCUGUCGAAUCUGCAAAGUUCGAGGUCGUGAUGCGGCCGACAACGAGCCGCGCGCUCGACCCACUGUCGUCUCGCCACUCGAUAUACCGCAGAACGAGGCCCACCCGGCUGCGACUGUCACCUCUCCCUUAUCCGAUGAGCUUGACUCUGCCUCAAAUCCGUCUUCAGCAUCUACCCUGGCAGGCUCAUCUGUCGAGUCCUCCAAUGCCUCGACUUCAGGGCUUUCAGGCUCUGCGACGUCUGCCGCUUCCGAUGCAGCACCUUCACCGACUACCACGAAGCCACGCAAGCGUCCAAUGGAAACACUGCAACAACUGCGUGAUCGGGCCGUCCGCUUUCUGGCAACAAACCCACUGCGCCACAAGGACGAAACGCAGGCCCAACUACGCUCUAUCUUCACGGAAGCGUCGCGCGUGGGCGGUAAGACUCAGGCCGGACACAUGCAGACAGAGUUCGGCGUCAAGGAUACGUAUCAGACAAGCUUUAUGGAGCGCAUCUUCGAGUUCGGCCGCAAGCUGCGCGGUUCCGUGCCCGAAAAGCAAGCCAAGAUGGACGCAUACAUUCGAGACAACAUCCCCAACAUCGUCACAAGCCCCGUGUGGCGCAUUAAGGAUCUUGAUCCUCACAAGGACACACCUGUCGAGAUUCUCCAUGUCGUGCUACUCGGAUACGUGAAGUAUUUCUGGCGCGAUAUAAUCUCACGUCUCAAUGCCGACGAGAAGAUCCUUCUGGCCACAAGGCUCUCGUCGUUUGACGUCUCUGGCCUUGGUUUAUCUCCACUUGUAGGCACAACUCUUGUCCAGUAUGCGGGCUCCCUCACUGGCCGCGACUUUCGUGCCCUCGCACAAGCUGCACCAUUCGUUCUCUAUGAUCUCACCUCCGACGAGUGCUAUGACGCAUGGGUUGCACUUUGCCGCCUGAUACCACUGAUCUGGCAGCCGGAGAUCGUGGAUCUUGACGCACACCUUAGCGAGAUGGAGGAGGCGAUCGACUACUUUCUCUUGUGCACCGCCAAGUGGACACCUCGUUGGUUCAAUAAGCCGAAGUUCCAUUUACUCCGCCACCUUCCAGCUCACAUACGCCGCUUUGGCCCUGCCAUCUUGUUCGCUACUGAGGCGUUCGAGGCCUUCAACGCUGUAAUACGGGCGCAGAGCGUGCACAGUAAUCGGCACGCCCCUUCACGCGACAUUGCACGGGGCUUGGCCCAAUGCAAUCGUGUUCGCCACAUAUUCAGUGGUGGUGUCUUUGCCCAGCGACCCGAGCCUGCAGAUCCUACCGCUCGAUCUGUUGCCGACGUUCUUCCACCCCUGUUCCCGGGUCCUGAGCCACCACGCGCCGAGCAGUUACAGACUGCCGGUGAAGGUUGCUUAGCCCUUGUACACCUUGGACCGGGUUCGGGCUCCCGCCGCAAUCAUCUCGCCAAUGAACUUGGUAUACUGCGGCAAGCAGACCCUACCCCAGGACUCGUCUCCGUCCCGGCAAAAGCAAAGCCGGUGCCGUGGUCCUCUUUUCACACGCUUUCCAAACUGUCUGAGCCCGAUACACCACCGGAUACUUCAAACCCAAUGUAUCUGCGUUGUUCAGACGUCAUCUUACAGAAUGGCGAGAAAGCAAUCGUCGGUUCGUGGGCACUACUCGGCUCACUCGAUCGCAAGGGCCACCCUCUCCAGCCUCUCAGAAUUGCACAAGUCGUAGAGAUCUACCAACGACUGUCAUCACCAGCAUACCUGCAGGGUAUACCUGAUCAGGUAAUGGUCCAGUACAGCGAGCGCACGGACGAUAUCAUUCCCGGCUACCUGAUGUACAAGCUCGCUCGCCGUGAGUUUGAACUUGUCGACUUCAAGAACCUAGUAUGUUUGGUCAACGUACAGCACAACUGCGCAGACAACAACUGCGACAUGUCAGGAUCUGCGAAGCUGAUACAAGAGCGCGAGGAUACUGGCCGUACUGUUCCCCGGGUCAAGCAUCAUAACCCAGACGAUAUCAUGCUCAACAUCGCGCAGCAGCGCAGCGCUCGAUAUGUAGGCGUGUUUCGGGCACCUGUCCAACCGCUGGAGCUUGAAUCGAGCGUCAUGACGGGUGCUGAACGGGAGAUCAGGGAACAGAAGGCCGGAAAGGGAAAGAAGAAGGGCGGAGCGCGAAGGAAAAAGGCCACUCAGCCUGCUGUCCCUGCGCGUAAGAAGCCACAGCCAAAAUCUACCGCUCAAAAGCCUAAGCCGGGGUCAACGUCGCGUAGCAAAGACGGGAACACGGCGGCACGGAACGGUGGCAGAGGUGGGAAUACCAAGGGCAAGGGUCCUCGUGGUGCUGCUGCUGAGAAACCCACUUCUAGCCUAGCAAUGGAGAUAGAUUAG